AUGGAUCCGGGCUGGGAGCAGCCGGACGUGGGCUGGGUGGCCCUGCUGAUCCUCUUUGCCGCCUCUCUGCUCACGGUGUUCGGGUGGCUGCUGCAGUACGCCCGGAGCUUGUGGCUUGCGCGGGCCCAGGGCCGGGGCGGGGGACCCGCCUUAGCUGCCGAGCCCGCGGGCUCCCUGCGGGAGCUGGGCGUGUGGCGCUCGCUGCUCAGGCUGCGGGCGACUCGGUCCGGUGCCCCCGAGGAAGCAGGUGUCCGUGGCCUCCUGGCGUCACUCUUCGCCUUCAAGUCUUUCCGGGAGAACUGGCAACGGGCUUGGAUGCGAGCGCUGAACGAGCAGGCCUGCAGGGACGGGAGCUCCAUCCAAAUUGCCUUUGAGGAGGUGCCUCAACUCCCACCCAGAACCAGCAUCAGUCAUGUGACCUGCGUAGACCAAUCAGACCGCACCAUGGUGCUGCAUUGCCAGCUCUCUGCUGAGGAGGUGCGGUUCCCAGUCUCUGUGACCCAGCAGUCCCCCGCUGCUGUCUCCAUGGAGACCUACCACGUCACUCUGACACUGCCACCAACACAGUUGGAAGUCAAUCUGGAGGAAAUCCCUGGUCAGGGGCUGCUAGUAUCCUGGGCCUUCACUGAUCGGCCAGAGCUCAGCCUGACGGUGCUUCCCAAGCUGCAGGCCAGGGAGAGAGGUGAGGAGCAAGAAGACAUCUCCACUAUUGAGGAAUUAAUCAAGGAUGCCAUUGUCAGCACCCAGCCAGCCAUGAUGGUCAACCUCAGGGCUUGCUCUGCCCCUGGAGGCCUGGUACCCAGUGAGAAGUCACCCAUGGUGCCCCAGGCCCAGCCAACCUUCCCUAGACCUACCCGGUUAUUCCUACGACAGCUUCGAGCAUCUCACCUGGGAGGUGAGUUGCAAGGCACUGGGGAACUGUGCUGUGUCGCUGAGCUUGACAACCCCAUGCAACAAAAGUGGACCAAGCCCGUGAGGGCUGGUUCCGAGGUGGAGUGGACCGAGGACCUGGCACUGGAUCUGGGCCCCCAGAGCCGGGAGCUGACCCUCAAAGUGCUGAGGAACAGCACCAGUGGAGAUGCUGAACUCCUGGGCCAGACCACAUUGCCUGUGGGCUCCCCUUCUAGACCACUGUCUCGAAGACAGGUGUGCCCACUCACCCCUGGGCCAGGGAAAGCCCUGGGACCAGCAGCCACCAUGGCAGUGGAGCUUCAAUAUGAAGAGGGCUCCCCCCACAACCUGGGCACUCCCACCCCCUCCACUCCACGUCCCAGCAUCACUCCUACCAAGAAGAUUGAGCUGGACCGGACCAUUAUGCCUGAUGGCACCAUUGUCACCACAGUCACCACCGUCCAGUCCCGGCCCCGUGUAGAUGGCAAAUUAGACUCCCCCUCCCGCUCCCCGUCCAAGGUGGAGGUGACUGAGAAGACAACAACUGUGUUGAGUGACAGCAGCGGCCCCAGCAGUACCUCCCACAGCAGCAGCCGUGAGAGCCACCUUUCCAACGGCUUGGACCCUGUAGCAGAGACAGCAAUUCGCCAGCUGACUGAGCCCAGCGGGCGGGCAGCCAAGAAGACACCCACCAAGCGUAGUACUCUCAUCAUCUCUGGUGUUUCCAAGGUGCCCAUUGCUCAGGACGAGUUGGCACUGUCCCUGGGUUAUGCUGCAUCAAUGGAAGCCUCACUGCAGGAUGAUGCCGGAACCAGUGGUGGUCCCUCUUCACCUCCCUCAGACCCACCAGCCAUGUCCCCAGGACCUCUAGAUGCCCUCUCCAGUCCCACGAGUGUUCAGGAAGCAGAUGAGACAACACGUUCAGACAUUUCUGAGAGGCCAUCUGUAGAUGAUGUUGAGUCAGAAACAGGUUCAACUGGCGCCCUGGAGACCCGCAGCCUCAAGGACCACAAAGUGAGUUUCCUGCGCAGUGGCACCAAGCUCAUCUUUCGCCGGAGGCCUCGUCAGAAGGAAGCUGGCCUGAGCCAAUCACAUGAUGACCUCUCCAACACAACGGCCACACCCAGUGUCCGAAAGAAGGCUGGCAGCUUUUCUCGCCGCCUCAUCAAGCGUUUUUCCUUCAAAUCUAAACCCAAGGCCAAUGGCAACCCCAGCCCCCAGCUCUGAGGGACUCUCCUAGCUAGGAGAGAGAAGGAGUCCUCUUAGCCUAGUCCCCAGCUCCACUUCCCCUUCCCUUCCUGGACUCCCUACAGCCUGGGCCAGGGAAGCCCUCUGGGUUCCAGGAAGCUGUGUCCACCCUGGGCUAUGGGGCCAGUUGGAAGGGUCACAAUGAUGGGAAGCAUGUGAGAGGCGGACAUCCAAUGCUGAAGACAUGGAAGAGGAAGUGGGGGCUGGGGAUAAGAGGAGAGCCUGGCCUGGCAUGUGUGGGCAUUCCUCAGAAACGUUUGCCUGUUGACACUGGCCCCUUGGAGAAGUCCCAGGAUGCUCAGCUCCUCAGAGGGUCCUUCCUCCCCUAUUUAUUCUCUUUUCUAUUUAUGUGUGUUGCCCAGGACCCUCAGUGAACAGAUGAUAGAGGGCAUCUCUCCCAGGUGACCCUUCUUUCCUGUCCCAGGAGGGUAGACAAUUCCCUUUGGGAUGGGGCUCCUAUACCUCCCUCAGGUCCCCACUCCCACCAGCACCAAUAUCUGCCUCUGAGGACAUUGGCAGCACAUAGAAAGCCGGGCUGGUGCCCGGGAUGGGGGGCAGGUACUCCCCACCUCCCUGCCUCCCCCUACUGCUCCUCAUCCCUCCUUCUCUCUUUAUUACUGUUUUUGUACUUGAUGCCUUCUCUGUGAGCAGUGGCUCUGUUGGAAGGAGGGAGUCAGGAGCCUGGUGGGAAGCCUUUCCCAGAGAGUUGGCUUUAGGGGCUUUAUUUAAAGAGUGUGUGAAGAUGGAGCAAGAGCAGGACUGCACCUCUGUCUUUGGGAGAUGAUGUCCAUUGCUGUGUGAUGGCUUGGAAAUUAAUUUAUUAAAUUAAAGUCAAAUUGGAAUUUA